AUGCGUCCCAUGAGCACCGUUUCGGACGGCCCUGCUCCUCCUGAACACACCACCUCCCCCUUCCCUCUUGUGGGCCCCCUGUCUGCCUCAGAGAUGUCCCUGCUCCAGUCGCUGGGCCCAGUGCAGAGCUGGCUCGGCCAGGAGCUGGAGAAGUGCGGGAUCGAUGCCAUGAUCUACACCCGCUAUGUCCUCAGCCUCCUUCUGCACGAUAGUUAUGACUAUGAUCUGCAGGACCAGGAGAACGACAUCUUCUUGGGCUGGGAGAAGAGUGCUGGGAAGAAGUGGGGCAAGAGUAAGAAGAAAGGUGUGUCCGACCUGAGUCUGGAGGAAAUGAAGAAACAGGCUGCUGUCCAAUGCCUCCGCUCUGCUUCUGAUGAAAACUCUGGAAUUGAAAACUUGGUUGAGGAGCUCUGCUGUAAACUAAAGGACAUCCAGAACAAACAGAAAGAAGCCAAGCAGAUCCAAAAGAAAUCUGAUGGCGCUCCAAUACCAGAGCCUUCGGACUCGCCCACCUCAAAAGACCAGGUGGAAAUGUAUUAUGAAGCCUUUCCUCCACUGUCAGAGAAACCAGUUUGUCUUCAGGAGAUCAUGACAGUUUGGAAUAAAACAAAGGCCUGUGCAUAUUCAAGUUCAUCAUCAGCAGCACCGCAGACCAGCACGGACACUUCCUCUCCCAAAGAUUGUAACAGUGAUGGUGAGGCAGGAAAAGAACAACAUUUGGAGGCAUGUGGUUCCAUGAACAUCAUCCCAACGUUGAAAAGUCAACAUCGACGAAGCAAGAAGGAGAAGGAGAACCGAUACCAUAGCGGGGCAGCAGCAGAGGAGCGGCCGUCUAAGAAGCAGAUCAGACACAGAUCUGAGGGGAAGUACAGGCCGCGAUCGUGGUCUUCUGGCUCCAGUGAGGCAGGUUCCAGCUCCAGUGGCAAUCAGGGAGAGGUCAAGACAUCCAGGAGCAAAGCAGUCCGGGUCCGGCACAAGUCCAGGGAGGCCAUCAGGAACAGGAGAUCCCGCAACAGCGCACAGACCAAGACCCAGGUGAAGUUCUCAGACGAUAGAAGAAACUUGGGGAGCAGCAGCAGUGCUAAUGGAGGCGCUGUCAAACCUCCACAGCUUUACAAAAGAGGAAAAAGACAGCUGAAAGAGAGCCGCAAACAUCCAGGCUGGGGGGAAGCAAAAGAGUGUGCACUGGAGAGUCGGAAAGAAUACAUGGAAGAGCCUCUUUGUUGUCUAGAGGUACAAGCAAAAGAGGCUCCGCUUCAGGGGCCUCAGAAAAAGGCUGUGCAGCGCUCAGAGUAUCACUUGUGGGAGGGAAACAAAGAUGAGCAAGACUUGGCCAAAAACAAACUCUCCAAGGUCAAUAACUCUGGAGAUUACAUGACGCCGUCCAAGCCCUGGGGUGUCCAGACUGACAGAGAGAACUCGUCCUUCAUUUUAGGAGGGGUGUAUGGAGAGUUGAAGAGCGUAAGUUCUGAUAAGAGCUGGGCUGUGGUUCCACCGACUCCAGGUCAGCCGAGCCUCCUCAAGUGUGCUGCAGCUACUUCCGGCUCAGACAUGCUCACCAUUACUGGCACUGAUGUCUUCAUGAACACAAGCAGCUGCUUUGCCCCAGGACACCGGCCCCUGUGGAGGCCUCUAGUGUCUUUCGGCCACAGAGACCAGGCUAUACGAGGAGGUGGUGAUGCCAUAAAUAAGGGAUUCUCUUUCAUCUUCCAUGAAGAUUUGCUUGGGACAUGCGGAGGACUGUAUGCAGAGGAUCAGAGUUUGGGAUACCCUUUCGCACCCUUCAACCUAAACAAUCCCUUCUCCAAAGUGCUCCAUGUUGAGUGUUCGUUUGAGCCUGAGGAAAUGGCUUCAUUUAGCCCAGGGUUUAAACCCAAGUCCAUUCUCUGCUCAGACUCUGAGAAUGAAGCUUUCCACUCCCGCAUCUAUGGCAUCAAUCAAACACAGUACAGAGCUAUCCGCAUUUCCCCCCGCACUCAUUUCCGCCCCAUCUCGGCCUCAGAGCUGUCCCCUGGAGAAGUGAGUGAUUCCGAGGCUGAAAUGGACAAAGAGGAGACGAGCUUACCUGCCGUGGCUCCAGUUGAUGUCUUUGAUGAUCCCCAAGCAGACCUCAAACCUCUGGAGGAUGAUGCUGAAUGCGAGGGCCCUUAUUAUGGCAAGUCAGAACUGGAAUCUGGUAAAUUCUUACCAAGAUUAAAAAAGUCUGGCAUGGAGAAGAGUGCCCAGACCUCUUUGGAUUCUCAGGAGGGCUCCAACUCCCUCUUGCCCAUUGCUGAGCAAGAAAUCUGCCCAGACAUCACCACAUCUGCAGCGACUGGAGAUGGAGAGGCUUACACCCCAGUCUUGAAGAUGAAUAAAGGGGAAUCUUCAGGAGAAAAGCAGUCCAGCCUGUGUGCUUCAACCAGUCACAUCCCAAAGUAUGGGAUUGCUUAUGACUUUGUUGGAGAUCUGCCAGAGUUCCCUGUGUUGAAUAUAGGAGCACAAGGAGGUACUGGCAACCACCAGGAGGAGCGCUGGUGGCAGAACACUCUUUGUUCCCCAAUCUUUCCUGGAUCUCAGUGUUCAGGAAGCAGCAACAUUUGA